AUGUUUCUUAAAGGACUUAAGCUUACUUGUAUUUUUGCUGUUAUAGCAGGUUUAAUAAUGGGAACGUGUAUAUCAAUUUUAAGAUUCAUAGAAUACGUAGAAGAGAAUACUUAUGCGGCUAAGAAAAGAAUACAAUAUUUGAUUUAUGGUGUAACUUUGAUGCAUUUUCUUUAUAUUUGGCAAGGAAUGCCUUUAUUCCAACUUGGUAUCAGUCUAAUUACUGUUUAUAUUUUCAAUUGUUUGUUACAAAACUAUCCUUCAUUUACAGUUGAGGAUCCUCUUUUUAUUGGUGGUAAUGUGCUGAUCUUGAUCAAUCACUUUUUAUUGAUUAGAUUUUUCAUGUAUGCUCGUGUAUCAAUUAUAUCAGUUAUUAUAUCAUUCACUACGUUGUGGUCUAUUCCUUUUUGUUUCUUUUUCAGUAUCACAGUUGUUGAUUCAAUGUUAUUCGUUAAAAAUGAUAAGAAAGUAAAAACCUACGCUGGUAUUGCUAAAGAUUAUUUAAUGAAUGUUGGUAGAAAAAGAAAUACAAGAAUUGAAUAA